AUGGAUCUGUACUCCGAAAUUUCACGUCUUGCCCUCACGAAAGGCGACAAAACGGCCCUACGUAGAUACUUUACCAAAAAUAGUACUCAUAAGACGGAAGCUAUUGCUGCUUUGUCAACAUGUGAGGAUGAUGAUGACAGAAUCUUAUUAUUCCACAUCUUCACAGAUCAAUAUGCACGUCCGCAAGUCACCAGCCAGCUUGGUAAAGUGAAAAGACCGUUAGAAGAACAACACGAGAAUGUAACGAAAGUCCUUAAACUAGACAGUCCAUCAUCAGUUGCCGAGCAUUACGACUAUACCAACGAAGAGCUUGAAUUACAGACAGGUCAUUGUGCAUGGACGAUUGAACUUAUUGAAAUCAUGGCAAAGGUCUAUGACGUAGAAGAUUUACGUUUGCAAGCAUUUCGUGAUCAUACGACAUCACUUACCGGUCAGUUCUCCAUAGUUGAGAAUGAAGAUAAAUCAAAGAGUGAUGGAAUUUUACAAACAAUUACCACAUCUGGUCAAAUUGGAUUGCGGGUCAUUCUUGCAAUGAAAAAUGAAAUAGGUAGAGGAAGAAGUGACCCAACAAUCCAGGCGGCUUUAUCAUAUGCAAAAUACUGGGCACAACCACAGCGUAAACAUGUUCGGGCAUCAUGUUGUUGUCCAUCUUUGCUUCUUGCUAUUGCUGGACCAUGGGUCUGUGUUCUGGGGGGAAUUUAUACCACUAAACCUGUGAUCAGUCCAAUUACAGAUUUUAUUCCAUUGGUACCUAUUCCUGAUGAGAGACAUUUUCACCGCAUUGCACGACUUUUUGAAGCUAUACGCCUUGCAGCCCAAUACUUAGAUAAUUAUUACAGAACACUAAGUAUUGUCUACAACAGCACUACUCAGCCACUAUAUCCAUAUCCACAUCAAUAUGUUACAGAAAGUAAUACUUUCAGUCAGAGAUAUAAUACUUAUGCACAUAAUCUUUGUGCUCAGGAAAGACUUGCCCCAAGGCUUUUUUAUGUUAGCAAAGAAAAGUUUGGGGGAUGGUAUAUGAUAAUAAUGGAAUAUGUUGAAGGUGAGACACUUAAUACUCUACAGAGUGAUAAAACAGAAUAUGACAAUGUUUUGAAGUGUGUUAGAAAGGCUAUUCAUAUUCUACAUUGUAAGGAUAUUGUGUUUGGAGACCUUCGCAAAUCAAAUAUAAUGGUAAUGAACAGUGAUAAAGGUUGCCAUGGGAUGUUAAUAGAUUUUGAUUGGGCUGGAGAACAUGGAAAGGAUCGCUAUACAUCUAAGAUAAACCCAGACAUAAGGUGGCCAACAGGAGUUGAAGGAAAUGCCAUAAUGGACAAAACACAUGAUUUAUAUUGGUUGGAUAAGUUAGAGGAAAAUGAAUGA